GUAGCCGCCGCCGCUCCCGCUCCCGCUCUCUCUGCGCCGCCGCCGCCGCGGCUCCCGCUCUCUCUGCGCCGCCGCCGCCGCCACCGCCACCGCCACCGCCACCGCCACCGGCUGUCCGCAGUCCCGAGGAGAUCCCAGCCAUCAUGUCCAUACAGAAGAUCUGGGCUCGGGAGAUCCUGGACUCCCGUGGGAAUCCUACAGUAGAAGUGGAUCUCUAUACUGCCAGAGGUCUCUUCCGGGCUGCAGUGCCCAGUGGAGCCUCUACUGGCAUCUAUGAGGCCCUGGAGCUGAGAGAUGGGGACAAACAGCGUUACUUAGGCAAAGGUGUCCUGAAGGCAGUGGACCACAUCAACACCACCAUUGCACCAGCCCUCAUCAGCUCAGGUCUCUCUGUGGUGGAGCAAGAGAAACUGGACAACCUGAUGCUGGAGUUGGAUGGAACUGAGAACAAAUCCAAAUUUGGGGCCAACGCCAUCCUGGGUGUGUCCCUGGCCGUGUGUAAGGCAGGAGCGGCUGAGCAGGAAUUGCCUCUAUAUCGCCACAUUGCUCAGCUGGCUGGGAACUCAGACCUCAUCCUACCUGUGCCGGCCUUCAAUGUGAUCAAUGGUGGCUCUCAUGCUGGGAACAAGCUGGCCAUGCAGGAGUUCAUGAUCCUCCCUGUGGGCGCUGAGAGCUUUCGGGACGCCAUGCGACUUGGGGCAGAGGUGUACCACACACUCAAGGGGGUAAUCAAGGACAAGUAUGGCAAGGAUGCCACCAAUGUAGGGGAUGAAGGUGGCUUUGCCCCCAAUAUCCUGGAGAACAGUGAAGCCUUGGAGCUGGUGAAGGAAGCCAUUGACAAGGCUGGCUACACGGAAAAGAUUGUCAUUGGCAUGGAUGUCGCUGCCUCAGAGUUUUAUCGUGAUGGCAAAUAUGAUUUGGACUUCAAGUCUCCAGCUGACCCUUCCCGAUGUAUUACUGGGGACCAGCUGGGGGCCCUCUACCAGGACUUUGUCAGGGACUAUCCUGUGGUCUCCAUUGAGGACCCAUUUGACCAGGAUGAUUGGACUGCUUGGUCCAAGUUCACAGCCAAUGUAGGGAUCCAGAUUGUGGGUGAUGAUCUGACAGUGACCAAUCCGAAGCGUAUUGAGCAAGCAGUAGAAGAGAAGGCCUGCAACUGCCUGCUGCUCAAGGUCAACCAGAUCGGCUCGGUCACUGAAGCCAUCCAAGCGUGCAAGCUGGCCCAGGAGAAUGGCUGGGGGGUCAUGGUGAGCCAUCGCUCAGGAGAAACUGAGGACACGUUCAUUGCUGACCUGGUGGUGGGACUGUGCACAGGCCAGAUCAAGACUGGUGCCCCUUGCCGUUCUGAGCGUCUGGCUAAGUACAACCAGCUCAUGAGAAUUGAAGAAGAGCUGGGGGAUGAAGCUCGCUUCGCUGGACACAAUUUCCGCAAUCCCAGUGUGCUGUGAUCCCUCUGCUUGCCUGGAGACUUGGAACCUCUGUCCCAUCCUCCUGGAACCUCUUUCUUGCUGUCCUGAUCUGUGAUAGUUCACCCCUUGAGCUACCCUGAGCCCCAGGGUGCCCAAAACUUCCCUGAUUAACCUGCUCUGGCUGCUCCUUGGCUUACCCAGCUCCUUGCUAUCUCUGAGCCCUUCCUCUCUGGAUCCCACUCUUUGAGGUUCCACACUCUCCACUUCUCUUUCCUUUUUAUUCUCUCUUGCCUCAAAAACUGGAAAUGAGACUGAGGAAGAAUGAUCAGCGUCUGUGAUGGGAGCAUCAGGGUUGGUGUGUGAGGGGGUUAUGUGUCACAUGUGCUUUGCUCUUGUUCCACAUGUCUUCCAUAUUGCAUACAGGCCAUGGACUGUGCAUAGUGCUGAAGUGUAGGGGAGUGCUGGGUGUGUUGCCAUACCUGGCAAGACUUUACUGUAUUUAUUUAUUUAUUUGUUUAUUUAUUUAUUUGUUUGUUUGUUCAUUUGUUUAUUCAUUCAUUCAUUCAUCCUGUUAAUCAUUUCCCCGUAAUUCUAGGGCCUAAAACUGACCUAAUUUGAGGGGAUUAUGUGCAUUUCAUGUGGCCGUAGAUCCCAGGAUGACCUUGCUUGUAGCAAGUCUUGCUACAAUAGGAAGAAUAACAGAAAAGGGCCUUGACAUCAGUUCUUUCGUGUGUGCUACCUGAAGCCUGGGUCUGUCCAGAGUGGGAGCUGUGUGCCUGGGGGACUCUUCCCAUAAAUCUCUCCCCAGCCCUUAGGUUCCCUGUUCUUCCUCCAGCUGCACCAGAGCAAUGGCUCACUCCCGUGCUAUGUUCCACAAUUGCCACCACCUCUGUGGCAUUGAAAUGAGCACCACCAUUAAAGUCUGAAUCACAGUGCA